AUGGCCGACUACAACUCUCUCUAUCAACACAGCCUCUACCUGUCCCCGGACCAGCAAGACCUUCUGCUGGCCGCGCUUUCUUCCAACAACCCUCCCUCCAAGCAACAGCCUAAUUCUCAGGUCAAAAGAUCAAACUCAGAACCAGACUCGACCCCCGGUAAUGCUUCGUCGAGCAGCUACAAUGUAUCGCCUGGGUUCGACCUCGCUCAACCCAACUCCGGUACUUUGGGCUACGCUGAUGAUGAGUCUCCUUUUCUCGACUUCAACCCAGAGCUAGACUUCGACUAUCAAGGCACAGAGAAUUUGAUUGGAGAACUGCCUGGAGGCCUUGCCUUGCCAGACGAGCAUGAACCGGGCGAGAAGAGGAAGGACAUGGACGGCCCUACUGAAGAAAAUGAAGGCGCCGGCAAGAAACGGAGGGAAAGCGAUGACAAAACAGCCAAGAAGCCCGGAAGAAAGCCAUUGACUUCCGAACCCACUUCGAAGCGCAAAGCACAAAACCGCGCGGCGCAACGGGCAUUCCGCGAGCGCAAGGAGAAACACCUGAAAGAUCUGGAGACAAAGGUGGACGAACUGCAGAAGGCGUCAGAUGAUGCGAAUCAGGAAAAUGGAUUGCUCCGAGCCCAGAUCGAGCGUCUGCAAGUUGAGCUAAAGGAAUACCGCAAGCGCCUCUCUUGGGUCACCAGCACAAAUGGACUUACGGCCAUGAACGCUAUCCCUGGGGCUUAUUCCAAGGGAAACUAUAACGGUCUCCAGAACAAUGAUUUCAUGUUUGAUUUCCCCAAGUUCGGUGACCUUCCGGGUGCGCACAUUUUCAACAAUGCCCAAUGGGGCAAGAAUCAACAGAACAAGCUCAAGAACGACCCUGGUUCGCGAAACGAUUCCCGCGUGCCUGGCGUUUUGAGCCGGGAUCCGCUGAACGGAAUCAAGGCUAAUGGAUCAGCGACGAAUACGCCUAGCCCCAUGUCGCAGUCGAACGGGGAUCGCCUGGGUUCGAAGAGUGCUACCCCCAAGCUUCCCAAUGCUCAACAGCACGCUCCCUCUGUGCAGGAUAUUUCGAAUUCCGACUCACCAUCAUCCUCGUCCGAUUCCCAUCAGAGCCAGUUCCUCUCUUCCAGCGGUACCUCCCCAGAACCGUCGGUCAACUCCCCCGCCAUCAAGCACCAGGGUGACCACAGCAACUGCACAUAUAAUGGAAUCAACGGCGAGGAGUCCUUCUGCGCACAACUCGGUAUGGCUUGCGGCAACAUCAAGAAUCCCAUUCCGGCCGUCAGACACAGCAGUGUCAGCGUCACAAACACUCCCAAUCAGACGGACCAGGUCUCAAAGGAGACUCCUCCGCCCGAGCCCGCACUCGAGAUGUUGGCUCAGCAGAAUGGAGGGCAAUUUGAUCCGGUAUUGUUUGGAGACUGGCGCGAACCACAAGACGCAAUCUUGUCCCAGGAUUUCGGUACUUUCUUCGACGAUGCAUUCCCCUUGCCGGAUUUAGGCAGUCCCUCGCAUAACUUCAGCGAGGUAGCCAGUCAACAGCCACAGCAACCUCCACAGCCUAAGAGGACUCUGAUCGACGAGAUCGAUAGUAAGCUGGAUGAAGAUGAGGUGGUGCCUGGGGAAGAUCAAACCCAGAUGCUCAGUUGCACCAAGAUAUGGUACGUUCCCUCCUCGCCUGGCAUAAAUCCAAGCAUACCAACCCAGAAUAGGGAUCGCCUGCAAUCUAUGGAGAAAUUCCGCAACGGUGAACUCGAUGUCGACAACCUCUGCUCUGAGCUGCGCAUGAAGGCUCGGUGUUCCGAGGGCGGUGUGGUCGUCAACCAGCAAGACGUCGAAGACAUCAUGGGACGCGCCAAGUAG